CCAAGGGGCUCCGAAGACAGCCUUUCGCUGCAGAAGCAGAAAAAAUGUUUCUUUCGUUGGCGGCGAAACAGCCAGUGUUUUCUAAGGAGGCAGUGCGCGCUUCUUUUUUCGCCGUCUCUUCGCUCUGGAAGCGCUCGUGUCUCAUGCCGCUUCCCCUAACUUUCUGACUGCAUUGUCUCCACCUUCAUUUUUCUUCUCCGCAUCCGGUGAAAUGGUUCUUCUGAAACGGACAUCGACGCAUGCGUUGUGCAUACGCUUUGUGUCUCUGUGCCGGCAGAAAGGUUGGCUCUGGCGACCUCAGCUGCCGCAGCAAGUCCCAGCUGCGUUCGGCUCCGUGUGACUGUUGUACCAGUUCCUCUGUAAAUUCCUCUCUUCCUUGGCUCUCUGUACUUAACCGGGAACCAGAACGCUUCAUUUCCCCCGGCCGUUAGCCUCUGUGCACAUUUCGUUUGCGGCGCUGACCUUUUCUAAGCCGUCACCUCAGCUUCUUCGCAGGCCCAUGCAGAGCUGUUCCGAGAAAUUGCUGCGUGUUCUUCCCAAACCGGCAACAUGUAUCGCUUCUUACUUCCUGUACACACAUACGAGCAGAUGCGCAUUUCUACCGUUCAUCAGUUGUGAGGUGCGACGGCGCGCUGGGGGACGCCUGUAUAGGCACAGGCUGUAGCGGUUCCCUGACCGUAUCUGAGUUUUCUAGGCGCCCUUCUCUCAUUGUUUCUUUUCCUGUAACGCCUCGCGUUCGGCAUUCGCAACAAACUCGCACGCGGAGAAGGCGAGAAGAUCUGCUGCGUCUCCAAAAGUAGAAACGGAUCAGGCGGUGUACAUGCAACUGCAGAGAGUGCUGAGUCUUCGUCGGCAGGCUUCGGGAAAGGGAGAAAAGCGAAACCAUGGCUUCAUCUGCUCUGUUCGCACCCGCCCCCCCGACGGAGACGGCGGGACGUCAUUUGCGCCAGACGCCCGCGGAACUACUUGGACGUUCGCGAGCAUGCGAGAAGACGCAGAGUACCGCUCAAGAAGCGGGGAAGAGAAGAAGUGAAGACGGGAGGCAGGGGUCGAGCGGCGAGGAAAGCGUCGCAGCAAUUGAGAGAGACAUGGGUGAAAACCGGCCAGAGACGAGGGGUGUGGUCGAGGGGAGCGAGCUGAGGACGGAGGAGGGGAGACACGAAGGUUGGACGGGAGCAGAAGAUUUGAGCAACAACGGGAGAAGACAAUCAAGGACUGAAGAGGCAAACCGACAGACGGAGUUGCCGGUGUCGACCUGCGAUUUAACCGUUUCUGGCCAGUCCGAAAAAUGGUGGAGAGAGUCUCAGGGACCUGAAGGAGGGCGAGACGGACAAAGAGGACAGAAGAUUUCGAGAGAGGAAAAAGCGAAAAUGCCUUUGGAGUCGUUUACCGGCGCAGCGAGGAUGCGAGUUUGGAUGCGAAGGCGAGUUGUGGGAGCGAGGGGCAGUUUCUCCUGCAGAUCUUGUCUCCUGUUCCUUUUUUCCUCACUCAUGUGCCUUCUCGGCUCUUCAGCAGAGCGCAGCUCACAAGACAGCAUGCCUCCCGCCAGAGUUUCCUUUUCCCCCAGCAACAGUGAAGCAUCGUGGCUGUCUGAAGGGGGGAUUUCUCUUCCUCCUUCUUUUUCCUCGGCUUCAUCGUUUUCUCCUGUAUCUCGACAGCGUCCUCUCACUUCCUCGUCCUCUGCCUCUGCCGGCUGUGGCUCUCUGUCCCCGUCCCCGUGUUCGUACACCGCUGCGUCUCCCGCGCCUUCGGGACUUGUGAGGGAGUCGUUGCAGUCCUCUUACCGCAUUCCUGUUCACAUGGUUGGAGCUCGUGCGGCAGUGGCGUCGAUCUCGGCGGGGAAUCAAAGCCUCUUUCUGGCUUUAGACACGCAGACCGAGGGGGUGCGUCUCUUCCUCUCGAAUUCCACUGCUUGCACGCAACUCCCCAGUCUUUCGACGCGGCCCUCAAGUCUCCUGGGGGCGGCGGCGACCCGGCGGAAGCUGUUGUCGGAGUCGACAAAGCGCUUGCGGCCCUCUGCGGCGACGCCUGUCGAGAGAUCAGAGGCGCAGAGGGACGGAGACCAUUUCGCCCAACAGGCACGGCCUCAGGCGGGUGGCGAGCGUGGAAAGAUUCUCUUCCAGGCGCUGCCCUCUCUGCGGCGCCGAGGGAAGAAGCUGAUCUUCAGAGUCGCAGGUGACCGAGAGAACGAACAGUGCUACGACCCCCAACACUCCCGCCGUGCGACGUGGUGUCUGAACGGCCAGCAGGCCUGCAACUUCUUGAGCGAGACGCCUUACCUGUGUCACGCAAGUCCGGAGGUCGAUUUAGCGCAUGCAACCGCCUUCGCGCACUACUCCGACGGGGUGCGUUUUGAAGAGCUCCGGCUUGAAGGACUCGAUCUCCUUCGCCUAGAUCUCGCUCCUCCUGCGGCCGAGAGAGAAGGAGGCUUUUCCGAACCGCCACAACUUCCCCUCCAGGAGGCAGGCGUCUCCCCCGUCAAGCUCGUAGCAGACAGAAUGUCUGGCUUCUACGAUCCGUACCCCGGUCUUCACGGCGUAUGGGGAAUUGCAGGCCCAGAGUUCUGUUGCCGGAAUGCGUCGCUCUGGAGUUCGACGCUGCUCGCUCUGAACGUCACGUCCUACGCGUUCGACCUGAAUUUCCCCUCCACCCAAGCCUCGUCGUUCGCACCUCCAGCGUCUCGGAACGAAGAAGAUGGAGGGUUUCCAUCUAACGCGACGGCCUCCGCUCUCGCGAGUUCUCUAGACUCGGCUCCUCUCUCCUUUCUCCAUUUGGGCGUCCUCGACGAAGGUCAAACGCAAAGGGACGACCAGGCCGCCGGCGCAGAGGCUCUCGGAAGGCUCAAAGGCUUUGGGACGUACGAUGAAGCUGGGAGGUGGACGGGGCAAGCGUGGAGGAGGGAACGAAAGCAGCCACAGAGCAAAGACAAGAGCGAGGGAGAGAACAGAGACAAGAACGAGGGAGAGAACACAGGCGCGAGAGCGAAGGAUGGCAGCGGCCGCAGACGCGUGGAGAGGGGCGAGGAGGCCGGAAGAGAGGGCGAAGAGACGCACAAAAACGAGAAUGGAGAGACGCCGAACGCGGAGAACUCGGAGAAGAGACAUGCCACGGAAGAGGUUCUCUGGGGACAACGCAUUCAAACCGGCAAUGUGUGGGCAGACUCCGUCGCCCACUUUGUGUCGUACGAUUGGCAACUCUGUGGUAACAGUCUGAUGGACGCAUCACAGACGAAUGAUUGGAUAGUGACCAUCGACCUCAGCUCCGAGUGUCUGGUGGUGCCUCGGCCUCUCUGGCAGAGCAUCCGGAGGUGGAUCGAGCCGGCGCUGAACGUGACGAGUCCGUUGUGCGCGCUUGACGACGACUUCUCGUCCUACGUUCCGGCCUCCUCGCUCUCAGCUCCUCGUCAAGCGGAAACGCCGGCUGCAGACCUCGCUGUCGAGGGGGGCGUGUAUCGUCUGAUGUGUCCACUUCGAAGCGGGAGAAAGGCUCAGCGAGGCGCAGUCGGAGCCUCGACUGCGCCUCGCCCCCCGCUCCCAGUUCUCUCCUUCGCGCUCGGAGACACCUCGGGCGUCUUCGACCUGGCGGACGAGCCCGAUGGCCAAGAGGACAAGCUCAAGGAGAAACCAGCGGCCGCGCGCGUGGAGCUGCCGCUCGAACAGCUGGUCGUCUCGAGUCCGGAGUCGGCGCCAAGCGGCGAGGCCUUGUGCGUCGUUCCACAGCCUCACAGCAUCCUUGCCCGAGAGGGCCGAACUGUCCGUCUCGGCACCCGAGCCGUCGCCGCCUUUCACUUCAUUGUGGACCAGAAACGCUGGCGGGCCGGUCUCCUCCCGAAGAAGUUGUCUCUGCCCUCCUCCAACGAGGCCUGCGCCGCCCAGGCGACUUGCAGGGGAGAACAGACGUACGUUUCAGCGACGAAUGAGUGUGUCGAUCCGCCAUGCAGCGAGAGGCUCCUCUUCGCCUUGAACGAAGAAACAAAAAUCUGCGAGCUCGCCCCCGCCGUCGUCCCCGCGGCGGUCACGGUUGUUGUGCUCCUGGUGGCGCUUGAGGCAACGGUUGUCUGCUUUCAGUGGGCGAAUGUGUUGAGAGCGCGAACGCUGACUUGACAGACUCCGACGACAGACUGGAAAGGCAUAUUGGCAAAAGAAGAAGGGAGGCUGGAGAGAUGCUGCCGCUCGAGAAAUGGAGGGAAAUCCGAUAGAAGACACGAAGGAAAGAAACAGCGUAGCGAGGUGACUGGGGACUCCUCUCCGUUGUUUUUGGGAUGCGUUUGCUCUCCAUCUGUCUUUUUCGGGGACGGGAUAUGAGCCACAAGACGCUCGCUCGCCGCUGUGAUUGAUCUCGACACCACUUUUCCUUUGCUUUGCACUUGUGCUCCGUCUCUGUAUUCUUUACGUUUCGGUUUCUCCUGCUUUUUGCGUUCUCCGCACUCCGCGCUGCCCCGGAAGUGACCCAUGGGGCAGCCGAGAGAAAAGAAACUCGGCGGAGGAAGGCAGGGAAAUUUGACUCAUGCGUCGAGAUCACAGGCCCUCAACACACACGGCCUAGGAUGUCUGGCGCGGGUCGACUGUCUAGUAGAAGACGCUCUCAGCUUGCUUCACUCACCGGGAAGAAAGAUAUGCUUUGGGGAGGCGCCUUUCUCUUUUUUUGUGAAGCACACCGUAGAUUUAUGGGAAGGCUUCGAAUCGUGCAAAACAAUCCUGAAUGUACAUAGACACCGACGGACACAAGACUACUUUGAUAGGCGAAACGAGGGGAGACUCGCAGGGCCAGAAAUGCUUCUUCGACUGUAGAGCGGGCACGGGCUGUCAGUCGAAGAACGCAUGCAAGGAACCUGAAAUCUCAGGAAGACUGACUGAUGCGUACAAAGCUAACAUUCUUAUUUGCGAAGAGAAGCCUCACGGACAGCGCGUGACAGACAGGGAAGCAGAGAAACGCCUUGCCUCCGUCAAAAAAUUGCCAAUGGAGGGAGCUUCCACUCGCUAGAGAGUUACAAGGCACAUGCCGUCAUGAUCAAUGAAGGAAAAUUAUUCGCUGGCCAUUCCACUGGGAACGCUUGAACAAAGCGAGGGUUUCGCCUUCGACUUUGGGGGAAAUGCAGCACCUGCGCCCUGCUCAUCCACUAGAUGUACGCUAUGCAUCUGUGUUGAGUUCGGUGAAAGCCUGCACAUAUAUACACUGUCGAGAAAGGGGACGUUCGCUCUUUCGCAGCUCCGCGUUCCAAACACAGGCAACAUCGGCGAAGCUUUUGCCGAAGAAGCGGCUCGUUUGCCACUCAAACCCUGAACGUGUCUUCCUUCUCGCAUUUGGGGCAUUCGUGAACGCUUCGGGGCUUGUGCUUCUCGCAUCCCUGCGCGUUUCAUUGGGGUUGUGCGCGUUCUCCCUAAAACGUACUGUUGACGCAACCUUCCUUUCUUUAGCUGUGGCAAACGACCGUGGGAGUACUGAGUUUCUUCUCCACGACGCAUGCAUUC